AUGACCAAAUCUCCAAAGAUCGCCGUCAUCUACUAUUCGAUGUAUGGCCAUAUCAAGCAGAUGGCCCACGCCGCCGUCGAAGGCAUCAAGGAACAAGGCGGAACACCAACCUUGCUCCAAUUCGCCGAGACGCUCCCCGGAGAAGUUCUCGCAAAAAUGCACGCACCCGCCAAGGACGAGAAUGUCCCAGUCGUCAAACCAGCUGAUCUUACGGAAUACGAUGCCUUUGUAUUCGCUUUCCCAACGCGUUACGGCCGCGCCGUCGCUCAAGUCUCUGCCCUCUUCGACGCGACCGGUCAGCUCUGGGCCACGCAGGCUCUCAACGGUAAAAUGGCUACCAUUAUCGUCAGUACCGCAACGCAGCAUGGAGGUCAAGAAACGACAGUCUUGACGACCAUUCCGUACUUGGCUCAUCAAGGCAUGUCAAUGUUCAACAAACAACCUUCUUCCCUAACCUCCCCACCAGGUAUCAUCUACGUCCCGGUCGGCUACAAGAACCAAGACAUUAUGAACAUGACUGAAAUUCUCGGUGGAUCCCCCUACGGCGCCGCCACUUUGGCUGCAGGAGACGGAUCCCGUCAACCCAGCGAGCUUGAGAUCAAGGGUGCCAAGUUCCAUGGAAUGCAUUUCUCCGAAAUCGUUUCCAAGUACAUCAGCUAG